AGCCCCACCCACCUCCGCUCCAGGCAUGUAGUCAUGCUCAUGUGACCAACAUGUUGCUCAGUGACCUCUGACCUCAGGCUGGUCAGGGACCAUAAUCCUUUGCAGCACAGUGAAGCUUAACCAUCUAAUGUCUUCGAUGUUACAGAGAUCCUUUAGUCGCUCUGCUACAAAGGCGUGGCUGUGAGGGGGCGGGGUUUAGAUUCUGAACUGAGUGAAAACUACAAAAACGUCGUACUACAGAGCGGUGUGUUGGUGUUUCUCUCUCAGUAGGUGGCGCUAUAGAGCAGGACUGAGGGAAUUUACACUCACAGCCAUCAGAAUCAUCUGGACAUCCAAUUUAUUAUCAGACUUCAGCUGAUAACAUGUAAAGAUUCCCAGAAGCUACAUUCAGACCAUUAGCUUCUGUCACUGAGUUUAGCGAAGCUGCUCAGAAGCUCCAGCACAUGUAACACAAUCCCUGCCUCUGCUCUGCUCCCAUUGGCUGCUGCAGGUGACCAAUCACAGCGUUCCUUCUUGUGUUUAAAAGGUUUGAGAGUUGAGCUAUAAAGAUUCUCUGCUGAUGCUCAGAGUUAGAGUGACUCAGAAGUUCAUUAACAACUGAGUGAGUGAGGAGGAGGAGGAGGAUGACUGAGCAGUGGGUGAAAGAGAGGAAGAGGAGGAGAGAGACAGUGCUGAGUGUACUGGGAUUAGUGCUGCUGUUAUUCACUGUUGUGCAGCUCGUCUUCUACACAACUACACACUCUCAACAUCACCGAGUGAGACGUGCGCUGGAGAAUCAGAGUCAGUGUGUUCCUCCACAGUCCUCCGAAUUUCCCCAGGGGUUUUUUACCGAACAGGAACGUAAAGAUGGAGGGAUUGUUAUUUAUUUCAUCAUCAUUUUCUACAUGCUGCUCGCUGUGUCUGUAGUGUGUGAUGAAUAUUUUUUACCAUCGCUCGAAGUCAUCAGUGAUCGUCUCGGUCUGUCUCAGGACGUCGCUGGUGCCACUUUCAUGGCCGCUGGAAGCUCCGCCCCUGAACUCGUCACCGCCUUUCUGGGUGUGUUUGUGACAAAGGGAGAUAUCGGUGUAAGCACUAUCGUGGGCUCUGCUGUUUAUAACCUGUUGGGAAUCUGUGCAGCAUGUGGCCUCCUAAGUUCAGUGGUCAGUCGUCUGAGCUGUUGGCCGUUGUUCAGGGACUGUAUCGCCUACGCUGUUAGUGUCAUCGCCGUCAUCGCCAUGAUCUCUGACAACCAGGUGUACUGGUACGACGCAGCGUGUUUGUUACUGGUAUACGGUGUGUACAUCGUGGUGUUGUGUUUUGAUGUGAGGAUCAGUGAGAUUGUGUUGCGACGUUUCAGUCCAUGUUGUGUUUGUUUGGAGAAGAGAGAGGAGGAGCUCUCUGAGAGACGGCCCCUCAGUGGGUGGAGCCAUAACCAAGACAAUAACGAUGAUGUCACAAGUCUGCAAGUCUCCCGUCGUUCUCGUACAGACAGUGGAAUCUUCCACGAGGACUCGUCAUACUCACACCUGUCCCUCAGCCUGCACGGCCUCUCAGAUACACUACAAGAGCCCCACAGUGUGUUCUGGAUGCCAGACAGUGAUUUGAAGCGUAUAUUUUGGGUCUUAUCUGUGCCUGUGAUGGUGCUGCUGUACUUCACUGUACCUGACUGCAGGAAACGGAUCUGGAAGAAGUUCUACAUGCUGACGUUCUUUAUGGCUGCUGUGUGGAUUGCUGGCUUCACCUACAUCCUGGUCUGGAUGGUCAUCAUCGUUGGAGAGACCCUGGAGAUUCCUGACACAGUGAUGGGACUGACGCUGUUAGCAGCAGGAACCAGCAUCCCAGAUACCAUCGCCAGUGUGAUGGUGGCUCGAGAGGGUAAAGGGGACAUGGCCAUGUCCAACAUCGUGGGCUCUAACGUGUUUGACAUGCUGUGUUUGGGCCUGCCCUGGUUUAUAAAGACAGCAUUUGUGGACCCAUCGUCUCCGGUGGUCGUGAACAGUACAGGGCUGGUUUUCACCACCUCCUCACUCCUUGUCUCCAUCCUCAUCCUCUUCAUCGCCACUCACAUCAAUGGCUGGAAGCUGGACAGGAAGCUGGGCGCUGCCUGCUUAGUCAUCUACAUCAUCUUUGCCACACUGUCCAUCCUGUACGAACUGGGGAUCAUUGGGAACAGUCCGAUCCGUGCUUGUGGUGACUAACUGACCCCAGAUACAACGUACUGGGCCGUGAUCUCAGCCUUAACACACAGUGACUGAACCUGCACAUACAAGGUUCACUGACUUCAGAUCAGUGAUCAUACACAACAACUGGGACCCAUGUGAACACCUGUGUGUUUAACUGAUCUCAGAUCAGAUCCGGUGCUUUAUGCAGAUUCAACAUUAGCACUUCCCAAUGGACGUAAGAACAGACUUCAUUCUGUAAUGAAGUUUCAGGUUUAUCUAGAACAUAGAACACACUGCAGGUCAAUACUGUGCAGAAUAACUGACCUCAGAUCAGUGUCCAAUCACCAGACACUCCUAUUCAUGUUUAAUAUUACUGACCUCAGAUCAGCUGAUACACACCAUUUACUUUAUAAAGAAUUAAAUGUAAUUAAAAACACACAACGUUACACCGCUGCCAAUGUUUUGUUUAACAAAUUGAGCAACACAAAAAUAAAAGUUAUAUUAAUGCUCA